UCUUCCAAAGUCUAAAGGGUUUGUCUUUGUCAUCUGAACAGACACCAAGUCCAAGUGUCCAACCCAAUAGAAUCAAAAAACCUCCGUCGUACCGUACAGUUAUGGAUGGUGGUGAAGAAGUAGCUCCUUCCACUUCCAACACAAUCAUCGGGAGGUUGAGUGCACGCGCCAAGCAGACGACGCUAUCGAUGAUCACGAAGCUCCGUCCAUGGCGAGAGCUUCUUGAUCUGUCGGCGAUCUCUCUCCCUCGCGGAUUCAUCGAGGCCAUGGCGCAACUAAGGCGAAACCUCUCUUACUUCCGCGCAAACUACGCUCUCGCCGUCCUCGCCACUGUUUUCCUCCGCUUGCUUUACCACCCGAUCUCUAUGGUCGUCUUUUUCGUCCUCUUCACCGCCUGGAUCCUCCUCUAUUUCUCGCGAGACACCAACGGUCCGAUUGUGAAUUCGGAGAAAGAAGUGGAUGACCGGAUCGUCCUUGGUUUACUCACUGGUUUACUCAGCUCGGUGACUAUUUUGGCGUUGGUGUAUACAGACGUGGGCGAAAACGCUCUGGUUCCGCUGGUCAUUGGUCUUCUCAUCGUCGGAGCUCACGCCGCUUCCCGUUGUACUGAUGAUUUGUUUCUCGAUGAACAAACUGCUCGCCGGGGUUGGCUCGGUGCAGGUAACCGGCCACGGUCAAGUUAUAACCCGAUUUGAGUUACCGCUUAUCACUUUUGCUUAGGUUUUGCUCGAGGAAAAUUUGGUGGGGUAAAAUCAGUUAGGGUGGUUUUGGAAAUUCCCAAGAUCACAAAUAUUAUGUCUUUAUCGUAAGUAAAUGGCAUUUGACAAU